AUACAGUGGCUACAACUAGGCGUUAUAGAUGGUAGUUCCUCCAUAAUCUGUAAAGAAGGCCCGUCCGCCAUGGCAUACCCUAUGCCUUACUUGAACGCCAAAAGACCAUGGGACUUUUUUGAUGAACAUUCAUCACAGCCUACGAAACGACUGCAGCUUGGGCCGGAGUUUCCCGAUGCCAGUUCGAGCGGGGAUUACGUCGAUCCUUUCACAUCAUCGACGGUGCUUUCAUCAUCUCAAACUGCAUGGGAGCUUGGAGUUGAUGAUUUAGGAUACACGAGUGGUUUCGACGGUGACGGAUUCGCCUGGGGUACACAACCCGACAUAAUUCUGGAAAAUGCUGCUAUCGACACCACGAUCCAGGCUCGCGACGGCGCAGAAGCAUUUGAGUCGACACUCGGCUUCUACCAACAAGUCUGCUUUGGUCUGAUUCCGGACGUACAGGUACGUCUAAACAAGGAUUUCGAUUCGAACUUGGACCUGUACUUCGGCGUGCUCAGUCCACAAGACCCCCCGCCAUCUCCAAGGUGGCCACUACGGUUCGAAAACGGUCGUUGUGACGUUGUCACGCCUUCGGGGCGAGUUGCUGCCGUGCUGCACCAGCACUCCUACAGGUUGUUGGAUGGUCUACAGAAGGCGGUCCCCGUUGAGUUUGAGCUGUCGGCUUGGUCUGUCACAAAUCUCAGGUCGCGGAAAAGCUCCAAGGAGUCUCUGAGUCGGUUCACGAAACUUGAACUAGUUGUUCUUGGACAGCGGUAUGCCGCUGAGACCGUAGCGGCCACUUUUGCGUCCGAGGAAGUCUUCUUGCAGGAUCCCGCGGAUCUACCAGCUGGAAUCGUCUACGAAAAUCCUCAGAUGCUCGAGCUUCCAGAUUUUGCACUGACAUCUUCGUCACUACAAAGCGGACCGAGUGCAUCGAAAGGUAUACAGUCUCAUAACCUCCAUAAGAACAUGGAUCAAAGCGACUCGACCUUUGAUUUUGAAAAACUUCUCGACGAUUUUGCAUGCCAACAUGACCUUGCCAAAGCGGCGUCCGAUCGACACGUUAUGACACCUCUGCUUGACCAUCAAAAGGAGGCUCUAGACUUCAUUAUGCAACAAGAGUCAGGUUCGAAGUCUCGCUCAAGACGUCUGUGGGAGCCCGUGGAGCAGAUGCGGAGUGAUGAGCCCGCGACAGUAUAUCAGCACGCCAUCACCGGUGCUAAGAGUGCCUCUGCAGCGGAAGCGACUGGCGGCAUGGUGGCUGAUGAAAUGGGUCUCGGAAAGACAUUGACGAUGCUUGCCGCUAUCACGGGGUCUCUUGAGAGGGCUCUUACAUACGCACGAUUUCUGACCAAGAUCGAUGAAUCAGGUCGGGGAAUUUGGGCGGCAAAGUCCACGCUAGUCAUUGUCCCCUCUACAUUACUGAUCAACAGUUGGCUCGAUGAAGUUGAAAGGCAUAUCAUGCCCGGCACUUUAAGGUGCUACAAGUUUCAUGGGGCAGCGCGUCAGGUUGAACUUCAUAACCUUCUGCAAUACGAUGUCAUCGUUACCACGUACGGUACCGUCGUAGCUGAUUUCGUACGCAACAGAAGCCGGCUCCAUGGUAUUCACUGGUACCGUAUCGUUUUAGAUGAAGCCCAUGUGAUUCGCAAUGCUUCGACGAAACAAUUCAAAGCGGUACAGGCACUUCGUUCCAAUAUUCGAUGGAGCUUAACUGGAACUCCGAUCCAAAAUUCUCUCGACGACCUAGCAUCUUUGACAAGUUUUUUGAAGGUUCCUCUUCUAGAAGAUGCGACGCAGUUCAAGCGCUACAUAACCUCUCCAAUCGAGUUAAACAAAGGCCACACCCGGACUGGAUACCAAAACCUGCAAAAAUUACUGCAUUCGAUCUGUCUACGACGGACCAAGCACAUUCUGCCAACGGCGCGAUACAACGAUGUCGAGCGCUUGUUGGCAUUCGAUCAAGACGAGCGAGAGGACUAUACUCGAAUAGAGAGGCAAUGCAGGGAAGCCCUCCAACGUGCUGUCAAUGGACACGAUAGUGGGAAAGCACACCAGACGGUGCUGGAAACCCUGCUGAGCCUCAGGCUAUACUGCAACCUUGGCAGAAACUUUGAUCGAUUUGAAGCCACGCUCGAAGGCGAAUGCGAAGAGCCCGAAGUAAUACUCAGUCUCCUGGAACAGAAUGACAAAGCAAAGUGCGCGUACUGCGACUGCGAGGUAUCAAACAUCACGACCGUUGCCGGAGAUGAAGAAGCGGUCUUGACUGUCUGUCGCAAACUCAUCUGCUCUAAUUGUGUGUUGCAAUGGAGGGAUUAUCUCAAUCAGAAGGGGAGAUGUGCAUUGUGCCAUACAUCACAUGGCGUGAGUGUCUUACCUGGGAAAGAAACUUUCGAGAAUCCAUGCAAGCGGUAUCCGACCAAGAUAAGGGCACUCUGUCAAGAUAUUGAGUCUAACAAAGAAGACGGCAAAUGUAUUGUGUUUUCGUAUUGGAGACGUUCCCUGGAUGUCGUUGGGGCGCUCUUGACGGACAAGCAGAUCCCUCAUCUGAGAGUGGAUGGGACCACCCCCUCGGCUAAGCGACGUGAGGUGUUGGAUAUGUUCCAGAAGCAAGAAGAUGUGUCUGUAUUACUCAUGACGCUCGGUACUGGUGCUGUUGGUCUGAACAAUCUAUCGGUUGCACAUCGGCUGCACCUAUUGGAACCCCAAUGGAAUCCUUCAGUCGAAAGCCAGGCCAUCGGACGUAUCGUGAGACUUGGUCAAACCCGUCCUGUCACGGUCUUGCGCUACAUCAUGAGCGAAACUGUAGAACAGAACGUGCGACACAUCCAGCGGAAGAAACAACGUCUAGUCAAUCAAGGCUUCGGUAAAAGCAGGCCAGAAGCUAAAUCUAAAACCUUGAGUCGAGUGCAGGUAUGUAAUUGGUAA